AUGGCAACAAAUCGAGGCGAACAACCCAGUUUACACCAACUAGCAAAAAAUCGUUCAGACGGUAUUUCUAUCCUUCGUUCUUCACGUCGAACUGAAUUAAUGAAUAAAUUCCGACCCAUUGAUUGUCCAAUAGAUUCUUCACUGACUCUAUCCAAAGAGGAGCCGCACUCACACACCGAGCACUCAUAUCCCGACACAGUCGAAAAAGCAAUACGUGGCGAUACAUCAGCACUUCUUGCGAUUCAAACGUAUUUUGACAGUACACUGUACUUCCACUACUAUUUCAUGCAACACAACUGUUGCUCGUCUUUCCUGAAACAACUUGCGACACAACCCGACAGUUAUUGUGUCGCAGUGUUAAACGCAUUUCUGUCGUACACAUCCUCCUCCGAGAAAAUCUUCUCCGACGACUUAGUCAAAAGUGGCUUCUUUCAGCGCACCGAAUAUCUUUUAUCCCACGGCGAAGACAUUUCGAGAAGAACACUCUUCGUCCUUGGAAAUCUGCUUUCGGAGUCAAAGGAAGAUGCUGAUUGUUUUGUCGCAUCAAAUCUUUGCGAUAAAACGUUCGACUUAUUGCGACAGUACCCGUCACCGCAAUUCUUGGCGGCCGUCGUUUUCUUGUUCAAGUCUCUUAUUAGAGGAAACCCUGAUUUUAAUAGAAAAACCCUUGAACGAAUUGUCGCGUUUUUCAUCGGAGUUUUGGACGGGAAGUGCUUUUCAAAUGACAUAGAGAAUGACGUGUUGUGGGGAUUUUCGUUUUUGAGCGACAACGAGAAUAACAAAAUAUUGUUUGACAGAAAUGUUAUUGAGAGGAUGUAUGUGUACUUUGAGAAAGGAAAUAAAUGCCCAGAAAGUGUGAUGAGAUUUUUUGGAAAUUUGGUCAGGCAGACGGACGACGUUCCAACAUUCAUGAUCACCCACAACUGUUUCAAGAUUUUUGAGAUCAUGCUGGCAGAAAGACCGGGUGAUAUAAGGGCAAAAAAUGCGUUUUGGACACUAUCGAACUUGGUGCCUUCGUUGUCGAAAGAAAACGCAUAUGCAUUACUCAAGACAACGAAGCUCUUCCAACUCUCUUGUACUAUAGUUAUAACGAAAGACUAUUAUAGUAAUGUUCUUAUAGACGUCUGGUAUUUCAUAGGAAAUAUAGUUUACUAUGCUGAUAUGGAUUACACCAAAUAUGUAGUUGCUUUGCAACCAAAUAUUUUGGUUGUCGUUUUGAUGUUUUUAAAAGCUCCAAUUGGUGAACAAACACUGACAAGCAUCUAUUUAAAGUGCCUUGCAAAUUUACUCAAAUUGUAUCAAAUCAAUGCCCCAAACUUCGACGAGUGUGUUGAAGAGCUUGGAAUUGCAGACUUACUCGAUACUCUUUCCGUUUGUGAAAUCUUCUCAUUUUUGUGA